GGUUUGUUUCGCUUGGCUUUCGGAACUCGUCAUGAUAAAAACACAGAGGGGGGAAGCGAGCACGUCGAAGCGCAUCGGGUAACGUCAACAGCUCCUCGCUGCCCUUACAACAAAGCUCCACGCGUCGUUUGUCACGGACGCUGUCGUCAACAGCGGCCUAUUUGUUUGCUAACGCCGCCGUUUACCUCCGUUGUCGACUUGGACGACGACGACUUUGACGCAGUAUGCCUUCAGAGAAAUCCUUCAAACAAAGAAGGACCUUCGAUCAGAGAGUAGAAGAUGUCCGACUGAUCCGGGAGCAGCACCCUAACAAGAUACCCGUGAUUAUUGAGAGGUACAAAGGAGAAAAACAGCUCCCCAUCCUGGACAAGACCAAGUUCUUAGUGCCAGACCAUGUCAAUAUGAGUGAACUCAUCAAGAUCAUAAGGAGGCGCCUCCAGCUCAAUUCCAACCAGGCUUUCUUCCUGCUGGUCAAUGGCCACAGCAUGGUGUCGGUGUCAGCUGCCAUCUCGGAGGUGUACGAGCGGGAGCGCGACCAAGAUGGCUUUCUCUACAUGGUGUACGCCUCCCAGGAGACCUUUGGCGCCGGCCCGACUCCCCAGUGAUCAUCCUUCCUCACCUAUUCCCCUUGGCCAGCCAUUGAACAAUUGUAGUUUUCUUUGCUCUUUUCCGUGUUCUUUCCAGUAAUAACGCUGUCUUCUCACCACGGUAGUUUUACUGUACAAACUAAAACACAAUACGCUAAACGUAAACGCCAAGUAGAGGUUUUUCUGUUUUGUGGAUUCUGACUGCAAAGGGAGAUUCACCACAGUCAGAGCCCUCUGUCUUUAUCUCAUCCUGCCGGCUGUCAUGGCAACGGAGCAGUUAUUUCUGUCUUGUGGCUAGAUGAAUCUUAGACUUUCUUCUAAUCAUCUUUCUGUACAUUUCAGCUCGAAAUUUUACAUAAAAGGGGUACGGCGCCACCGCUUUUUAUAUAUUUAUCUUUACAUUAGAAACUGAACAGAGCUAACACUGAUUUGAAGCUUUAUGGAGACAACUGCGAGAUUGGUGAAGAAUCAACAACAAUCAUUGAGGAAUUGCUUAAGUCGACUCCGUUGAAGAAGUGGAUGCAGCCUGCAGGUCCGACGCGGGCGUGCCUUAAAGCAGCAUCAAGGGACGACUCCACUGGUUGCAAAAAGAUGUUGGAUUGUGUAGAGCCAUACACUUAAGCUUUGCAAUCAUGUUUUAAAUAAUGUCACGUUCAGAGUAAAAUCUACUAUAAAGCAAAGUGUUCUUUUGCGGGUGUCUACUUUUUCAUUGGCAACCUAUCGGUCACAAUAAUGGCAUAGUGAUGCGCCUUGAUGUGCAUUAGUUCCAUCCUUGGAUCUGAAUAUGGUUAUUUCUGCCCCCCCCCCCCCCCACCCCAUUACAAAAAGAGGCUAUGUCCACUUUUUAAACUGUUUAUUAUAAAUGUAUAAUACGUGUGAUCCUGCUUCAGUUUAUCUGCCGUUUACUGCUUGAAGUAUUUCAACAUUUAUAUAAGAUGCAAGAACUGACUUGAACACAACAAUAUGGAGCCGUUCUGUUAAGAAAGUUACCAAGUUGUCUUUUGGACACUACUUUGAGCCUGGUUGAGAAACCUGGAUGGGUUCAUUUCUUUUUCAGUCACAAAUAAUGUUUUAGUAUUGCAAAGAAAAGUGUGUAGCUGCAUCAGUUUGUUGACUUUGGACCAUAGGGUUGAUUUCCUGGUGCUGCUGUUGCGAUUCAACACACUGUUGUCAGUGGGAGGCUUCACCUUGACUGCCCUGUGGGUUGCAAAGGGCUGUAUAUCCUGUCUGUGCACCUGGACCUUGAUGCUUUUUAUGUUUGUUGAGGUUGAACUGCUUUUUCAUUGCGGUGUUUUAUCAUUUUGAUUUGUUAAUUUAACUAUUUUUCAUUGUACAACAAAUCUUUUAUCUUCCACGUUUUCAGGUUGUGCUAUAUUGGACAAAUCAAAGCCACUGUGUGUUUGUUGCAGAGAGGGUAUCAUUUGUGCGUCUUCCAGCCCCUCCGUUCCUCACACGUUCACACCGAGCAAUAGCCAUAUGUCUUUAUGUUGGUAUUUUGUUAACAAUAAAAUGUUUUAAAAAUGA